CGUCCCCUCUUGCCAGCGUCCCGCCUGCACGUCGUCUGGCCGCCACACGCCACUAACUCGCCGCGCUGCUCACAGAUGUCGCGGGCGGCGCGCCCGGCUCGCUGCUGCGCAUCCCCGGCCCUCAUGCUCUUAUUUACGGUUUGUUUAUAGUCGUGCAUCGUCACAUGGGCGCUCGGUGGGGCCAGGCGCGCUCCGACUGCUCGUAAUUUAUCCGGACGGAGACGGUGGUCGGAGGCUCGGAGUGGGGUGCAGGGCUCGCGCAAGGUCCGCGGGUCGGGCCACCUCGUUGCGCCCGCUACCACUCUCAUUAUCUUGUUAACCUCCACUCAUGCGGCCAUUCCUAUUGGUCGCUUUCGGUCACGUGGUAGUAUUCCCAGCCCAUAAAUGGAGUAAUGUGCAAGUGCUAGAGGUUUUCCUUCGAGUAGUGUCGCCAUAAUUCAUCAACAUUGGGUGGAACAGUGGACACGAGGGCACUCCAGGAGCUAAUCACCUGCGGACUUCCGCGAUGAGCUCCUACCAGUUCGUGAACUCUAUGUCCGCCUGCUACGGACAGCAGCGCGGACAAGAUGGUAGUGUGGUGAACACAGACUACUACGGUACUUCACUCAGCAGUUACAACAAUUGCUAUUCACCUCCCCUGCAAUAUGGAAGUUAUACGCCUUCGGGAAUAUCAGUUGUUCCAAACGGGAGCGAGUUUUCCGCCGGCGGUAGUAGCGGCGCUACGGGAACUUCAGCGUCGACCGCGUCAGGGUCGUCAGUCGGGGCCCCGAGUGGCUCUGGCGGCAGCUCUACGCCGGGACCCUCCGUGCAGGGCCGCCUACACCAGACCUCCAGCUCACCCGCCUCAACGCCGCAGGCAUCUAAUUCCUCCGCCUCCUGCAAGUUUGCCUCUACGCCAGAGUCCUCGGCCAACCCAGCUGGCUCCCCACAGGACUUGACCGUCUCGACAGGCGGCAGCGGGCCCGGCUCGAGUAGCUCCGGAAGCGGCUCCGAGCAAAACAGCUCUAGUCAGGGCGGCGGAGGCAACACCAACAACUCCGGCGGAGGUGGUGAUGGAGCAGAAGGCGGUGAGAGUCUGGAAGGAGCCUCUGGGAGUUCUGGAAGCUCAUCAACAACUAAGACACAACCACAGAUCUACCCGUGGAUGAAGAGAGUACACCUCGGCCAGAACCAAAUACCGAAGAAGGAAGAUCGUAAGGGAAAUCAUGAAAACAUCGAACAAGGUACAGUGAACUCUAACGGGGAGACCAAGAGACAGAGAACUUCCUACACGCGGUACCAAACGCUCGAGCUGGAGAAGGAAUUCCACUUCAACCGCUACCUGACGCGGCGGCGGAGGAUAGAGAUCGCCCACGCCCUCUGCCUCACCGAGCGACAGAUCAAAAUAUGGUUCCAAAAUAGAAGGAUGAAGUGGAAGAAGGAACACAAGAUGGCGAGCAUGAACGCGGGAAUGGGUAUGCAUCCUCAGGCGUACCACCAGAUGCACCACCAGAUGAUGCACCCACACCACCUGCACCCUCACCUCGCCGACUUUGAUACAAAAGGCUACUACUAGGGAUCCGCCUGGUCGUGGUAACUCAUAUGCAGAUAAUGUAGCCAGCGAGAGUGAAUGGCUAUGUUGAUCGUAUGAGGUACUGCGACUAGGGUGUACCGGUGGACCCUCCCCCUGUCACUCACGGACCUGAUGAACGGAUUACCCCACGGACUACGCCACAACGUCGACUUCCGAGCACCCACCAGCACCCACGGCGAGGGGACUGCCACCAAGACUCGAGCAAAACAUGCCGUAUGAAGAAGCGGGAAGAUUUCAUGCGCUAACACACAGAACUUAGAAAUGUGUUUUUAAGAGUAUUUGGUGUGUGGUGUAAGAAUUUGUACUUAUGAAAAGUUAUUAAAGCAAGUGAUGAUUUUCGGCAAUAGGAUCUGAAUAAGUGUUAGUGACCGAAAAUGAAAAGUGUAAUAUCACUGAAAAUCUAAAUUAUGUAAAACCCACAAAACCUGGUUAAACUCAAUGACAUUGGAAAUGUGGAGAAAAGGGUUUAAAUAAUGGAGUAAAGGUAAUGAAAAUACAAGCAUGCAAGAAGAAACUUGGAAAAAGAACAACGAAAUCAUUUUCAAACAUUUAAAUGUAUCAUAAAAAAAAAAAACGAAGAAACAUGAAGCAAAGUAAUACAAUAGGCUCAGCGUGAAAAACGUUUUGUUAAGUGAGAUAUACAAUAUCAACAAAUAAUCUCUGAAAAAACGUGAUUUGUUACAAUUAAUGCUAAAACAAAUUAAUGCUUUAUAAUAUACUUUUGAGUCAUUGCAAAUAAUGACACUGUAAUGAUUUCAUAUUGAUUUAUUUGCACAAAUUUCAAGGGCUACUUAAGACACAUUUGUACGCCACGUUUCUUCAGCUGACAAAUCUGUUCAUGAACACCUUGGUGACAAAAACAAAGUUUGAGAUAAGUGAAAAAAAGAAAACGCCACGAGGGAGGAAGCAAGUGAGGCAGUGUCGUCCUCCGCUUCGGGUGCUGAAGGGUUGUGAAGCUCUUCUCAAAGCUUCUUUUUUCAAUUAAUUUUAUAGCUCCUUUGUUGGAAGUGAAUUAUACUCACGUAGAGAGAACUUUCGCAGCGAACUCGGGAUAAGUGCACACGUACGUCCCUCGCACGCCGGUGUGAGCGGAACCAGGUCACCUGAACCUGUUCGGAACAGCUUCGUCCUAACGUCCCCGGCUGAGUUGUGAUCCCGUGCCCGAGCGGGCCGUCAGUCUGCCAAAGCUCAGUGCGAUCCCUGAUAAGUUGUUAUAAUUCUUAAGUUAGGGAUAUUCUUUGUCUUUUAUUGUUAAGAUAAAAUUAUUUUAUUUGUUUCCUUUAACUCAUUGCCAAAAUGAUUCCCAGAUUGACUGUUAAUGAAAAUAUAGAUAAAAUAAUUUUAACUCGUGGGUCGGGUAACAAAAGUUAAACGGCUUACCAAUUUGUUCUGUAGGUCUCCUCAGAGACGUUCAUUAUAUGUGAUGCUAAAAUAUGUACAGGCAGUGUUUUACACCUCAUAAUAUAUAUUAUUAAUCUUUCCUCAAAAGUGAACCACGUUUCACUCUGCAGACUAAAUGAAGAGGUUAUUCCCCAAAGGACCGUCACAAACAUCUCAAAUGUCGCACUAGCUUUUAUUGACAAACAGAGAAAGUUUCUUUGAUGUCAGUGCAGACAACGACUGUCCUCGGCGAUAAGCAGCCAUACUCUUCAAGCAUCAAUCUCUCCCAAUACCAACACAUAUUACUCCCAACUUUGCAAUACCCAUCAGUUAUAUAAUUUAUCACAGUGGCCACACACCCCAGGACAUCUGCCAGUGUUCCCCGGGCCAGACAACACCUCCCGCGAGUAAGAGACACAUGUGUCGCCUGACAAUGUACCAAAUUAGUUCAGCCUUCAGUAGUGAGAGUCCACAAACAUUAAUUCCACGACAUCUGUUUCUUGACAUCCUUUUACUAAGAAAAAAGUUACUUUUCCGCCCCCAGCACGGGGCGACCAGACCGUGUCCUGUAGGCGGUGAAUGUUUGAGCUGCUUGGCUAAGGUGAAUGCCGAAGUAUAUAUGAGCCUCAUUUUGUGCAAUGCUGUCCAUAUGGCUUUAUUAAAUGGUGUAAAAAGUUAUAGCGAUGAUACUGUAAUCAUGGCGGUAGAUUUGUUGCAUAGCGGUAAGAGGUCCAUCCCUCCCUCCAUAUCUGUAUCCUUGUUAUUCAUUCCCUGUCGUUUCUCCUUUUCAUCCUGCUUCUCUUCCAUGCCUUAGCACUUCCUUAGCUUUAUUUACCACUUCCUUCUUUUAUAUAUUUUUUUCUAUGCAUUCCUUCAGAUUCCGUACAGACAAUGUUUCUAGUUACACUUUAUUCUGGUUCAUUUUAUCACCUGUCACUAUCGCUUCUCUGUCACUCUACCUCCCGUCCCUCCCCUUCCCGCCCCCGUGUUUCCCGGCGUCUGGCUGGUUAACUUUAAAUAAAAAUAAUAAAAAAAAAAACAUUUCAUAGAAGAUGCGAGAUUUUUACAACAUAGGAACCGAUCGUAGUUUUUUUUUUUCCCCGUUGAUAUAUUUUUGUGCCUUUAUAGCGUUAUUUCAGUUAGUUGUUCUUUUUUUCCGAUUUUAUAAAACAAAUGUGUUAUACUUUCUUUUUUAUAUAAUUAACCAGAUUAACCAAAAAGAGGUCAUACUCUUAAAAAUAUCUAACAGUUAGCCCAUUUACUUUUCCUCCCCUUGUUUCUUCCCUCCAGUUCCUCAAUGUCUUCUUCGUUAUAUUGUUUCUUGGUGAUCUAAUCCACUUCUUUAUAUAUAGAGGAGAACUACCCAUGUUGUAAUUAUUAUCCGCAAAACAGCUCCUUUUUUUAUUUACUACACAAUAAAAUAGGUUUGCGUUCUGGAAUACGCUUUUCAAAGUAUACGAUUAGUUUUAAGAGUUAAGCAAUAUCCCUGUAAAAAGUUGUCUACUGUAAAUUAACAAUGAUGAUAAAGAUACGGAUAAUGAUAAAAAUAAAAAAUCUUUCUAAAGGCAUAGACCACAAUUCAUUGACAAAAAUAAACUGUGUCCAAUUA